ANUACUAUGUAAUUUUACGGUCUUUUAAUGGCUGCCCCACAUAAUGUGGGCUCCAUUUUAAUAAGUGGGUUGGUGAUUUUCGCCACUGGGUCUCUCUCUCUUUUUGGUCGGCUUGGAAUCAGAUACUCUCCCAUUAGAGCAGUAAAGCCCUUAAUUUUUUUUUUGCCCUUCUAUCCGACCUUUUCUUUGUUUUGGCGUGUUGAGUGCUUGUAAAUACCUGUCAAAGAUUGAAGAUUUUUUGCAACUUUCGGUUUUUUUGGGGAUUAUCUUCAUGCAAGCCUCAUUUUUUCCUUAGAUAAUUUUUUUGGGAUUGUCUUGAAUUUCUAGUGUUGGGUUUGUCUUUUUCUGGGUUCUUUAUAAUUUUGCCUGAGAAGGUGUUGCUGAGUAUAACUUUGCAGAGCGUGUGAAAUUAUUGAUUGAGGGGCUGGUUGCUGUUAAAUAUUGUUGUAAUUUUUUUCCCUACCUAAAAUCUUGUGUAUACAAUCUGUGGUUUUGAUUGUGUACAGUUUGUUGGUUUACAUAGUAACAUUUCCUUGAAGGCAAAGACUGGAUAACUUAGAUACAUUGGGACUAAGAAACCCAGAAAACAAGUCCUGCAGUUUUUGUUGUUGGUGAAGACUUUUCCAAGCAAAAAAAAAAAACAACUGUUUCGUUGAAGGGAAGAUCAAAUUUGUCAUUUUUCCUUAAGGACUUUGGAAGUUUGUGUUUUAAGAGAAGAUGAAAAGUCAAAAAGUCGAUCCCUUGACAAACACCAGAGGAAAACAAUGACAUGGGAUUUAUCCUCUAUUUAGAGACACAGUUUUUCUCCUCAGCAUAUUGAGAAGGUGUAUUGGCCUGCAUGUUGUAAGACAUUUCAAGUAAGUCCUUUUUCAAAUAAGGAAAUAGAAUUGUAUACCAGCUUUCUGUUUUCUUUGAUCAUUUUCUAUCAUAAUCUCUUAUUUUGUUUUAGUUUUCACCUGAGGUACAAUCUUGAUUUGUGGUAUUUGCAGCUCUCUGUUUCUAUUUGUCUCCUUUUCUUCUACUUUCUCUUUGUUUGAUUUAGCUGUAUAAUUUUUGGAGAUUGCAUGCUCUUGUCAGCCUUGGAAGUAUUUUCAUGAUGAGCUAGGUUCUUGGCCAAAACGUUCAACUUGAAAUGUUGAAUUGAACAGGUCAGGUAAAACUCAAUAUGGCGAAGAGAUCAAAAAGACGCUCUUCAAGGCAUGACAGGGACCAUGCGGGUUGCAUAUCGGGUUUAAUUAAUGUGUUUCACUUUCGUUCAACUAAACGAUAUCUUACUGAUAGAAAACAAGUGACCAAGCAAGAUGAGGGUACUGGUUAUUCAAGUAACGACAACACAGUUUCACAGAGUUCCAUUGAAAAGAGUAAAACUUUAGUGGACACUGAAGUAAGUAAUAUUCAUAUGGCUGAUGCAUCUAAGACAAGUGUCAAGGAUCUUAUGGAAGAAGAAAUGUUCAACGAGCAAGUCCAAAGGCAACUGAACGACUCCGAAAUGGGUUCCGAACAAGUCAAAUCAAAAUCUGGAAAUCAUACGAAAAAUAAUCAAAAGAAAAAAAGUUCCUCCAAGUCCACCGACAUGGAUUUUGACCGAGUUCACGGCCAGAAGCUGUCGAGUAAUUUUGACCUGGAAAAAGUAUUGCAAGAGUUGACAGAUAUUGACAGAAGACACAUGAAUUUCCUGAAUUUUGAUGUUGACAUCGAUGUACCAUCCAGUGAGGCUAUUGCUGUAGUUGAAGAAAAGUUAGUUCAAGCAGUAAAACUGUUUAUGGAACAGAGAUCAAGUGACAGCAAGCAUUUUGGUGACGAGGGGAACAGUUUUUGCUCCCAUGAGCUAAUGGAUGCUUUGAAAUUUUUGAGUUUAAACAAGGGAUUAUUUUUUAAACUUCUGGAGGAUCCCAACUCGGAACUGGUUAAGCACAUCCAAAAUGUUGAAGACACUUGCUUAAGAAAAAAGGAUAAACCAAAGCCUGACGAGUUAAGUAGCCAUAAACAUAGAAAUUUCUUCCGGAGGAGGACCAAGUCUCUCGAAAGCUUUUCCCUGGGAGUGAAUAAUAGUAAGGAUUGCCAAUCUCAGGAUAAAAUCGUCAUCUUGAAGCCUGGCCCGCCCACGCCACGAAGCCCGGAAACUGAAAUUGCCGAUAAUGAGAAAAUUACAAAUGCAUCUCAGUUCUCUUUCACCGAGAUUAAAAGAAAACUAAGGCAUGCUAUGGGAAAAGAAAGACGAGGGGUCUCGCCAGAGAGGCCAUCUCCUAAACUUUCUCCUAAGCCCUCAAAUGGAAAUUAUAGCGAAAAGUCGGAAAGUUUCGGGUGGAGGUCCCCGAAUAGGAAUCACUUUUAUAUGGAAAAAUUCACUCUAUCUUCUCCUAGCUUCAAGAAGGGUGAGCCAGCUUGCAAGUUGAAAGACGAAGGUUCGGAAAGUCUGAGGCUUGGAGGAUCCAACAUUUACACUGAGGCUAAGAAACAUUUAUCCGAGAUAGUAAAGGGUGAAGAUCAGAAUACAGAGUCUGUUUCUGGGAAUAAUUCUGUCAAGUCCCUUGGUCGAAUUCUCUCUCUGCCAGAGUAUAAUGUCUCCCCUUGCCUUAGCCCAAAAAAGCACGAUGAUGAAAUUUUCAUAACUGCUCAAACGAGAUUAUCUCCACGUGGCACAGUAAGAAAUGGCCAAAGUUCAACAGUUCAGAAUUUGGAGUGCCAACAACGUGUGUCUUGUAGUAACUCUGACGACAAAGGACAGUCUAUGCUUGUGAAUGUUAAUAAUUCAGUAGGAGAUGAUCAAGACUAUUCUUUAGAAAUUCAGUGCUUUAAUGAAGAUACCAUUGUUUCUGAAGUUCAACCGGAGAUUGAAAGAAAGACUGAAUUAAGGGCUCAAGAAGAGGAAAAGGCCAUUGAUAUCUCGUGUGAACCUUCACCUAAUUCAGUUGGAAAAUAUCAGAGUGGAGACACUAGAGAAGAAGACAAUGAAGAAAGUGGUUCCCCAUGCUUCAAAUCGCAUUUAUCUGCAGACGACCAGGUGUUAUCACCACCAACAGGGUCCCCCUCACCCGAUCGAGCGAGCACAGAAAUUGAUGAUUCAGAUCGUGCAAUCAACAAAAUAGAACAACCAAGUCCAGUAUCUGUUCUUGAGCCGUUGUUCACAGAUAGCGAUAUUAGUACCAUUUCUCACUCAGAAAAAGAGAUUCAGCCACGGCACAUCAUUUUCGAAGAAGUACAAACUUCCGUUCACGAGCAAGGCAUUUGUACAAGAAUCUCACUCGAGGACGAGGAAUCUGCUUUCGAGUAUGUCGAGGCCGUUCUACUCGGUUCUGGCCUGAACUGGGACGAGUUCCUGCUGAGGUGGAUUUCCUCUUACGAAAUCCUCGACUCCUCACUAUUCGACGAGGUCGAGCUUUUCUCGAGCCGGCCCCACCACGACCAGAAACUCCUCUUCGACUGUUCUAACGAGGCUUUAGAGGAGGUGUGUGAAUGCUGCUUUGGGUGCUUUAAUGGAAUACCGAGUGCUAAGCCUAACGUUAGGCCGGUGCCCAAAGGGAUGGACCUCAUCAACGAUGUGUGGAAAAGGGUCGAGCAGUGGCUUUUUCAGAAUUCACUGUCUCUGCCUCUUGACGGGCUCGUCAAAAGAGACCUUUCAGGCUUGAAAUGGAUGAACGUCCAGCCAGAAAUCGAGUUUAUUGCUUACGAACUCGAGGAGAUGGUUUUUGAUGAGUUGGUGGAAGAAAUUUUACUUGUGUCUAAAGAUUGUGCUUUCGAGUGUGAGUUUUGACGUGCCGGAAGGUGUGGAGGAAAUCUUUUGGGGUUCUUGUAAAAUAAGUCGAGAGUGUGUGCGCGUAGAUUAUCCUGUGUGUGUUUUUUAGGUGUGUUUUGGCUAUAUUUGUGCUGGGUUUGGGACUAUGGGGCUUUUCUUUUCACUUCCUUUGGUUUGCUCAUAGGUUUUGUGGUUUGUAAAGUAAUCAGUAUAUGAUUUUUUCCCCACCUGGGAUGUUGGGAUCUCAGUCCCAACAAUAAGCUUGGUUAGACAAUACUCUGGAUUUAUAUAAUUUCAUACUCGAAUGACGUACUUUGAAAUACAAUACAAACAAUAGUAUAACACUAUAAAGUAUGCAAUUUAUGUAAGGAAUUA